CAGAACAGGGACAGUGAGAAAAAUAUAUGAGUGGGAAAGGAGGGAGGGAGGAGGAGGAGGGGGGAGCAAAUUAAAAGUUGCCAAAUGGAGAUAUUGGGUUUCAAGAAGAGUGAGACAGGAGUAAGGGUUUGCCUUCUUUCAGUCGUCUUUAUGUUAUGCUAAUCGAAAUAAAUAUUUAUGUCUCGACGCUGUUUAGUCCGUUAGCCGUGUCAACGAAUUCUGUCCGACGAUUCUAAAUAGGCGACAACGGAGCUAACCUAGAACAGGCCGAUGUUUACCAGUAAAAAAAAAUCAUCGGUCAAAUAAGUAGCCCCAAGAGCUGCUUGAUGGAAGACUCCGCGCUCUAGUAAAUUCCACGAUUGAAAUACGUCUGUUCAGCAAAUCGAGAGAAAUGUGACGUUUUGCAUGCUGGCAGAUGAGCUAAAUACCGUAGAAGACAAGUGGUAGCCUUAGUCUACCCCAACAGAGAAAGAGCACGUCAGCUAGAGGCUGGAAGGACAGGCUUUUUGUGCUCGAAUGCGAUUCAUUGCCCGUCGAUUCAGUCUAUUUUUGGACAUAAAAAUAGCAAGCUGUACAUUAACUGGCUUUCUUAACGACGCCAAAGAUUGAGCGCUGUGCCACGACUGUCGUUAGCUAGCGGUUCGACUCAGCACAAUGCUAAGAUUUGGGAGGGUGUUAUUGCGAUGUCGAAAUUCAAUUGGAGCAAAAUGUUUCGACUAUUCUUCGGAUGAGCUGGUUUAGCUAUCUCUUCUUAUACGCCUACUCCGACCACUGGGCGAGUUGUAGGGGGGGAGAGGAAAUGCUAUAUUUUGUGUUUCUUUUGCAUUUAUUGGCCAGCUAGCUGACAACGUUCUAGCUAGCUGCUUGUUUUCCCACAUUCGGUCAAAUUUAUCUAGUCAAAUCUUUGAUAUUUCAAAGCCAAAUGACAGGUUUUUUUUGACACUGCGUGUGAAUUUGGACAGUUAACGUUAUUUGACACGUACAAAUGCAAUGUUUAGUGGUGCUAGCUCGCCACUAUGGCAUAAAAUAACCAGUGAAAUGGGCAGAGGGACAUUAUAAAGCUAGCUAAGGUUAGCUAGUCGCGUAGCCAACGUAUACUACGACGCCAUCAGAUUAUUUUCAACUAGCGUUUCGUUAACUAACAAGACUUGAAGGGACCAUCCAAGAGCGCGUGUAUCGGUUUAAUUUGUGAAGUAAAAUGUAUUGUUUUGUUUCCUUUUUGGGGUGUGGAAAACUGCAUAUAAAGUGCCACGCUUAUCUGCGUAUGCCAUAUGUCUGGUUAAGGACAAACUAGCAGCCCAACUAUUGAAAAUACAACUAGUUUCGCAAUUUCAAAACGGCCAGUUAGAUCUGAUUAACCAUAGUCGUGUAAUUCCCUACAUUGAACUACUCAAUUGUAGCUGAGACUUAGUCGCAUUGCUUUGAGUCUCAUCAGGCUUUUCUUUCUCAAAUAAAGAUGGUGGCGGAGUCGCCAUUUUGUUUCAUACUUGCUAAAUUUUUCCAGACUGAUACGGGAGUACGAGGCUACAUCACUGAUUUGACACAAUGUAUCAGAUUUGUAAUUCGACAUGACGUCGAAUGAACGAUACAAAUAAGUAAAAAAAAUAAGUCUAUAAUUGGGACACAUCACAGUAUAUUAGGCCCCCUACACUGGCAAUCCAUUUUUCAAAGCCCCACCUUGUUUAACCCUGGCAUUGCAGCUCUAUGAAUUAACCAAAUAACAGUUUCGCCCUUGAGAAUAAUAUGAUACUAUUGCUAUUCACUGUUCUAUGGCCCCUUCCGCCAUGAUACAAGGUCAACAUCAUAGGAGUUAGUUAUGUGGAAUGUUGGCUAUAGAACAAAUUUAAAUGCUUUCUAAACGUUCAACUCCCAGACAACCUUGAAAUUGAACAGGGUGGAGUUAUUUACACCGAUGGCCAUCUUCAUUCUAUGGGAGGUGACAGGAGAGACGACCAAUGUGCAGGAGAAGGGUAGGGUUCGGGAGCGUCACUCGCGGUCUGCUGUAGAGCAUGGUGCUUGCAACGCCAGAAUAGUGUGUUGUAUGCAUACGACUGUAAAUCGCUUUGGAUAAGAGCGUCUGCUAUAAUUUCAUAUAUUAUUACUCUCAGGGAAUCUGGAUACUAGGUGGAGGGAUAGGGGCAAUACUGUACGUACUGUUCUCUUAACCUCGCUCUCUCUUUCCUGUAUCUCUCUCACCCUGCUCCCUUCCACUCCAGCACAGAAAAUAAAGGGUGGUUAAUUAAUGAUUCCAUGCUCGCUGUCAGAAAGCUGUGUCAUGGAUGAUGAGGACGAUCGCCGUCUUCUGGAUAUUAUAGGAGAUGUGCAGGCAUUGAAUGACUACCUCCACGGCUCCACCAACAAGUCUAUUGAGGAGGAUGAUGUGACGAACGCAGCGUACGGCUCUGCUGGAACCUUCUUCACUAGUAACACUGCUGGCUCUAACUCCGGCCUCAAAGAUAGCGAGUUUGAGGAUUCAGCGGGGGCUGGCCUCCAGCUUUCCAGCAGCCUAUCGUUCAUCGAGGAUGAGCUGGGGGGAGGAGCCUCUCCAGGAGGAAUGGAUCUUGGAGGAGGAGAGGAUCAGCACUUUGACAUCCUGCAGAAGUCUCUCAUGGAGGCAGACAUCACUGAACAGACUCUGGAACAGGAGGCCAUGCUAGACUCCCAACCACCUCCCCCUCCGGCCCCCUCCCCAUUCCCCGCCCAGCUGGUCUCGGGGGGGUACAGCGGCGGGGUCACCACGGCGACAGCAGCGUUUCCCAGUGGUCAGUUCCUCCAGGGCGUAUCCCAGGUGUCCCAGCUGCCCAACGGCCAGGCAGGGGGGCACAUCCAGGUGUUGGGGUCCUUCGGAGGUGGUGGUGUCCAACAGAUCCUCCUCCGGCAGGGUGGGGAGAUUGGGGGGGUGAUGGGGGGAGUAGCAGCAGGGGGGCAGGUGUUCGCCGCCUCCUCCCAAACGGGCCAGGUGAACCAGGUGGGCUUGCCCUUUAAAAAUAUCCCCCUGCAGAACAUCAUCAUCCAGAGAGGACCAGGGGGCACCCAGGCCCUGGUCAGACCUAUCCAGCCCAAACCCCUUCAAGCUGGGGCUCAGACAGUCUACAGCCUGGGACUCCAGACCACAACCACCACCAUGGUUAAUACUGCGGCCCAGGGACACUACACAGCUAACGGCUCCAUCCUGGUCCACUCUCCGCUGGGGCAGCAGAACCAGGGACAACAAGCCCAGGCCAACCUGGCCCCAGGGCAGUACCUGGUCCACCACAAUGGCUCCUCAGACCCAUCCCAAUCAACCAUGGUAGCCAAUCAGAACACAGUGCAGCUUGUCACCGGGCAGAACUUCACGGCGACGGCGGGUGGUCAGCUGAUCCAGGUGGGAGGCAGUCAGGUGGGAUUAGGAGGAGCCAUGACCCAAAAAUGGCAGACUUUUCCUGGUACUAGCCCUGCCCCCAUCCAGGCGGCAUCAAAUCAGGGGUGUCUGACGCUGGUUGGCACAGCGACCACAGGGGUUCGGGGUCAAGUGUCGUGCAGCCCAGUGCAGCGCCUCGUAGUGACUCAGAACAGCAGCUCCCUCUCCCCCAUGUCUCUCUCUGGUACUGGUACUGCCACACAGGACGAGGAAUACUCACAGGCUCAGACACAGCUUGUCAACCUCCUUGGAAACAAAGCUGUGAAAACAAUGACCUCCAUGAGCCAAGACUCCCUGCUAAACACACAGGUCAGCGCUCAGAAGAGGCCGGCCCCUCAGCAGCUCACCAGAGGAGCAAUGAUGCUACAUCAGUUGACGAUGGAUCGUUCAGGGGUUCUGUCACCUGACAUCACCCGCUUCACCUCAUUGGAUGACGCACUGCACAGACUCCUCCCCUACCACAUGUUCCACGGUGCUCCGCCCAACAAGGAAGAGUUUUCUCAAGUGGAUGAUGAGUUUGAGACGAUGGCGACUCAGGUGUUGAAGAGAACCCAGGUUAUGAUCAACAAAUACAGACGACUGCUGAUGGUGGAGGCUGAGCGCUCCAGUCCCUCCUCAGAGAUGGUGAUGAUUGACAGGACCUUUAACCAAGAGGAACGCCAGAACCUGACACAGGACAAACGUAUGAUACUGGUUGACCCAGAUGGCUUCUUGGAAGAUUUCUGUUGUGCGGUGAAGCCGUCUCCCCUCUCUCCCCCCUGCCUCCCCUUGGACCCUCUCUCCUCCCCCUCGUCCAGCCAUGGCCAUAGACAGUCAGUGAGGGGGGUGACCACAGACCCCCCUUACAGGACAGACCCCCAGUCAGGCUAUGGAGACCCGGGGGGAGGUAGUGGGGGAGGAGGAAUAGACUCUUAUAAGAGUAUCAUUGACCUGAAGAGGACUCAACAUAGCAACUAUGGAAACAAAGCUGCUUGUAGCAACAACAACAACAACAGCAACUAUCACCUUGGAAACGUGGCUGCUACGGCCACAGCGGCAGUGUCGACAGGGACGGAACAGACUCAGCACCUGUCUCACCUGUCCUCUCACCCCCAGGCCCCCCUACCCCUCCCUCCCACCCCGCCCGACACAGACUCGGUUCUAGAGGCAGCCGUCAACAGCAUUCUAGAAUGUUAGACAGACUGAUGGGCAGACGUGCCCAUCACUCUAUCGUUCCAUUUCUCCAUCUCUCCCAUCCUUUCCCCCCAGGGAUUACAUGUUUGUUGUUUAUUUUCUGCUUCUCACUCUCAUUGUCAGUCCAGUUCAACCACCUCUGAGUUAGUUACAGCCAUAGAAAUAUAAUCUAGAUUGUAUUUCUGUGGUUACAGUAUUAUGUUUACUGUAGGACAGCCAGGGGUCAUGAUCUUUGUGACAUCAUAUCCUGUUGGGUGUGAGUGGGGAGAGGAUGCAAAGAUUGUCUAUUAUAUUGACAAAAUAGUCGAUUGACUGCUCUAACAAUGGAAAUACAUGUCCUCUAAGAUGGAAGGCAGGUGGGAGGUGGCGAGAUCAGGUAGGACUAUUUUAGCCAAUGAGAGGGCAGAUACGUGUGUGAUUAACAGGCUAUAGAGAUAGAUGGACGACUCAUCUCUGUAUCUGUGCCAUCAUAGCGUCUGUGACAGCAUGGGCAGCACCAUUGAGGCUAUUUCCAUUUUAAAGUAGUACAUUUUCUUCUUCAUUGGCCGAUUGCUUCCAACUCAAUAGGAAUCCCCACCGAGUUGGCUACUUUAAAUUGGUGGAAGCCCCAAUGGCCACUUUAAAACAAGUUAUAUCCACGAUGAGUCCUCUAUAUACAGUAUCUCUAUGACAACAGGUACAACUCAGAUAUUAAUGCCACGUGUGUCCACUUAUAUCAGUGCAUUUGUAACAACCGAACCGUUGCAAAACUUCUAUUUGAUCAAAUAAGCCUCAUGUAGCAAAUGAGCAAGUACAUUUUUUGUUGACCAAAUUCGACACCCUCUCUCAUUGACCUCUAUACAAAAAUUCCUGAACCCCAAUGUUAGGCUACGUCCCACAAUGCUGAAGUUCAGGGAGGAGGAAGAUGAUGAUUCUGUGCCUGAGAAAUUCUACGUUGUCCUUGAAAUGUUUACAUGAAGAAGCCUUGUAAGAAAUGUCCUUUUUAGACCUGACAUUACACACCUACACAUAAAAUACAGUAGUAAUUGAUGGUUUGGAAAACUACAACAAAUAUAGCUAUUUUUGUGUUUUCUACUUCAGUCUUCAUGGUAAAGUCAAGCCAGAGAGACUCACUCACACUCUGUCUAUAGAACGACUAAACAAGCAGCUUUUGGUUUUCUGUCAGUUUUGUCAUUUUCUUAUUUGGCAUUUUUCUUUUGUACCUUAAAGGUAUGUGACGCCCCUCUGCACUCACACACAUUCACUCUCGUCAGAGUGUAUUGGUGUUGGGGGGAGCUAACUCCUCAGAUUGAGGGAGAAAUGUUUCGACGUGUUUAUCUUUUUGUUUCAUUUAUUUUUUAUUUUUUUUUAUAAAUCACUAUUUGUGUUGUUAGGGAUGUGUGUCCCAGUGCAACCACUGUAACCGUCGUGAGAUUUAAUGACCCUGGAAGGUCAUGGGUUGUAUGUGUAUGUCUCUGCGUGCGUACGUACGCUGGACGAAUGUUACUCAUUACUUCGCCCACUUAACUUUCCUCUCCUCCAUUCUAUCCAUCACUUCACUCAAUCCUCCUGUCCCUCCCAACAAUUAUACCCCAAUCAACAGGAGAGAGAGAGAGAGAGAGGGGAGUGUCUAUGCUCAUAAAUUGACCGAAUGGACAGACUGAAGGCUUUAGAGAGAGAACACAGCUGUCUGUUUUAGUUUGUCUCGUCAACCCUCUGUAUUUCAGCCCUGGUCCUGACCACCCACAUGUCUCAAAUUACACCCUAUGCCUGUGAUAGUGCACUACUUUUGACAAGCUUAUGUGGCGUGGAGCAAAAGUAGUGUACUUGAUGGCGAACAGUCGUUUCACACAGGAGUGCCUAAGGUUGAUAUACUAGGCUCUUUCUGCCAAGGAGUGACACAUUUUUACUUCAUUACCCCCAUUUUCACUGUUUACUUUUGUUUGUCUCACUCUGUACAUGAUUUGUAUAGUUUUUAUAUAUAUAUCUAUAUAUAUAAAAAUGAAACAAUAUUUAUACUUUUUUGUAAAGAAAAAGAAUGUAAAAGUUUUUUUUUUGUAUUCUGUUGGCUAUGAAGUGUUCCAAGAGAAAUCGUUACAAAUACUGUCAGUUGUUCAUUUUUAGUUUGUGUUCACUACAACAGAAAGAGAAAAGUCAACAAUAAAUUCAUUUUGAAUACAA